CUUCACAGACUCUAUACACACAACCAAACGAGGACAAACAGCGUACUUUCGGAUUAAAACUUUUUUGCGACAUUUGGAACGUUUUUUUAAAUUAUCAUUAUUAUUAGUUUAUUUAUUUAUUAUUAUUAAUAUUAUUAUUAUCUUUUUUUUUUUUUUUUUUUUGAAAACUUGAUCUGUGAACCCGGGCUCAUCCACACCUUCAUCCACCCUACAGAAACACUAAUGCGGCUCAGCAGCUGAGCAGUAUGAAGUCACUGUGGAUCUGUGUGGUCCUGUUUCUUUUGGGCUCUGUAUGUAAUCUGACAGAGUGCCUGGACCCCAGAGAUCCCAAUGUGUGCAGUCUAUGGGAAAGUUUUACCACCUCUGUGAAAGAGUCAUAUGCUCAGCCAUUUGAUCAGGUUUAUGAGGAGCCCUGCUCUGAACCCUGGAGCUCCAACAAAUGUGUUCGACACCGGAUAACAUAUAAAACAGCGUAUCGCCAGUCAGUGAAAAUGGACUAUCGUAGGAGGUAUCAUUGUUGCCCAGGAUUCUAUGAAAGCAGGAACAAAUGUGUUCCGCGCUGCACCAAGGAAUGUGUCCAUGGACGUUGUGUUGCCCCGGACCGCUGUCAGUGUGAAGGUGGCUGGAGAGGAGACGACUGUUCCAGUGCAUGUGAUGCUCUGCACUGGGGCCCAGGCUGCAGCAAAAAGUGCCAGUGUCAGAAUAAAGGCCAGUGUGAUGUCCUUACUGGAUCCUGUCUCUGCCUUCCAGGUUACACUGGCUCACUCUGCCAGGAACCCUGUCCUAAGGAAUUCUUUGGGCCGGGCUGUGCGCAGCAGUGCCAGUGUGGAACAGGAGGCUCAUGUAAUAAAGAAACAGGAGAGUGUGUGUGUAGAGAAGGAUUUACUGGGACACUAUGUGAUACUCCAUGUGUGAGGACAGGCCGGUGUGCAGCUCGCUGCUCAUGUCACAACGGAGGCAUCUGCCAGGGGAAAGGAGUGUGUCUGUGCCCACCUGGAUGGACAGGUUCAGUGUGUACAGAACGAUGUUCUAAGGGAAGAUUUGGCAUAAAUUGUUCUAAGGAGUGUUUGUGUCAUAAUGGUGGUCACUGUGACCCAGAGAAGGGUCACUGUCAGUGUGCUCCUGGCUUCACUGGUGAAAGGUGUAAUGAAGAGUGUGCAGUGGGAAGCUAUGGACAGGACUGUAAGGGUGUGUGUGACUGCACUAAUGGUGCACGCUGCUAUCACAUCGACGGUGGCUGCUUGUGUGAGCCGGGCUUCAGUGGACCCCAGUGCUCACACCGGAUGUGCACAGAUGGAGCCUUCGGGAUGCACUGUGAGCAGAGCUGCCUCUGUGACCCCCAACACACUCUCAGCUGUCACCCAUUGAAGGGAGAGUGCACAUGCCAGCCUGGGUGGGCCGGGCUCUUCUGUAACGAAACCUGUGCUCAUGGUUACUAUGGGAAUGGUUGCCUGGAGCCCUGUCUGUGUGUGAAUGGUGGGGUGUGCCAUACUGUCAGCGGUGUGUGUCAGUGUGCUCCGGGAUACACAGGACGCCACUGUGACAAGCACUGUGAGAGUGGCUUCUAUGGAAAAGAUUGCUCUUUAGAGUGUUCCUGCAAAAAUGCAAUAUCCUGCUCUCCUGUAGAUGGAACAUGCUUCUGCAAAGAGGGGUGGAGAGGUCUGGACUGUUCCAUUCCAUGUUCAGAGGGGACAUGGGGUCCAGGCUGCAAUGCCACAUGCCAGUGUGCUAACAAGGCUCAGUGCCACCCAGCUGAUGGCUCUUGCACAUGCACAGCUGGAUGGAGAGGCGAUUUGUGUGACCAACCCUGCCCCGUUGGAACCUUCGGCCCAGGCUGCCAACAUAAAUGUGACUGCCUCCAUGAUGAAGGCUGCCACAGUGUUACAGGACAGUGCCACUGUCUGCCAGGCUGGAUGGGUUCACGAUGCACAGAGCAAUGUCCAGAAGGGCAAUGGGGCCAUCAGUGUAAUAAGAGCUGCUCAUGCCUCAACAGCGCCUCCUGCCUGCCACACAAUGGCGUCUGCAUGUGUAAGCCUGGCUACUGGGGAUCUCAGUGUCAGCAUGUGUGUAGUCAGGGUGUCUAUGGGGAGAAGUGCAGUCAAACCUGUCCUAACUGUGUCCACUCCACCUCAUGCCAUCACAUCACAGGCCAGUGUGUGUGUCUACAAGGCUAUACAGGACCCUUGUGUGAGCAAGUGUGUCCAGUUGGUCACUUUGGUAAGCAGUGCAGUGGUGUGUGUAGGUGUGCCAAUAAUGCCACAUGCCAUCAUCAGGAUGGUUCAUGUCACUGUCUCCCAGGCUGGACUGGAUCAGAUUGCUCUGUGUUGUGUAAAGCAGGGACAUUCGGAACUAACUGUAAUCAGAUGUGUUCAUGCCCUCCUAACCAUUCAUGUGACCCUCACACUGGUGCGUGUGUGUGUGAACCCGGACCCGGAGUGGACUGUGCACAAGAGCGAGUGGUGAGCAUGAUGGUGCCCGUGUCUCCAGUAGAGAAAGACUCUUGGGGGGCUAUUGUAGGCAUUGUGGUCCUGCUGAUCCUAGUGGUGCUGCUGCUGGCACUACUGUUGCUGUACUACCGACGCAGACAGAAGGACAAACAGAGCAACACACCCACUGUGUCUUUUUCCUCCACCCGCAACGUCACGUCUGAGUAUGCUGUGCCAGAUGUUCCACACAGCUACCAUCACUACUAUUCAAACCCCAGCUACCACACCCUGUCCCAGAACAGACUUCCUUUACCCCAAAUCCCUAAUAAUCAGGACAGGCUUAUAAAGAACACCAAUAAGCAGCUGUUCUAUAGUCUGAAGAAUAUGGAGCGGGAGAGAAGAGGCUUAUUUGGAAUGGAAAGUAAUGCUACUUUACCAGCUGACUGGAAACACCAGGAACCCCCUAAAGACCAAGGAGCAUUUGGAAUUGACCGUAGUUAUAGCUACAGUGCUAGUCUUGGGAAAUACUACAACAAACAAUUGAAGGACUCCUGCAUUGCUGUGAGCAGCAGUUCUCUAAACAGUGAAAAUCCAUAUGCCACCAUUAAAGACCUGCCUGGUCUGCCUCCAUGCCCUCCUGAGUGCAGCUACAUGGAAAUGAAACCUGCUGUGCCCCCUGAGAGAUCCUACACAGAGCUCCGGCAUCCAGUCCUUCCUUCCACCAGUUUCUCCUGUAGAGAACAAUGUCCUCUUGGAAAUGUUCCGGAACAGGAUCCUCAGAACCAUUAUGACCUGCCAGUCAACAGUCACAUCCCGGGACAUUACGACCUGCCACCAGUCCGCAGGCCUCCCUCACCAUCACCACGCAGACAGGCUAACUAAUCACAGCUUCGACACACUCACAUGGGAUAAAACACAGUGUUCUUAAAGCACAACCACUGCCAGUUUCACCUCUGCAUUUUCCAUACAAAGAGAGGAAAAAACUGCCCCUGCAUGGAUGGGGGAUUAAUAGAGGAAUGCACUUACCCAACUGUAUAGCAUCUGCAAAAUAAAGAGAUGUUAGAUGAAGUUGCACAUCCAUCCUAAGCACACUUUCUACGAAGAUAAGCAUAUGGGAAAAGUGAACUGGGUUUAAUAACUUCCUGUCUCAGCACAACACUGCCAUCUGAUGGCCAUUAAAUUCAUUUUUCAAAGCAUGAAAUUGUAAAUGGUUUUAAACGCUUUUCAUUUUAAUAUUGAGUUAUGGUUUCAUGUUAUUUGGGAACUGGGAAUUCUCAAAUAAAUUAAACUUAUCAUGAGGUAAACCGUGUCUUUGGAAGGCUGUACAUUAUGCACCACAUUUACAUUUUUUUGUAGAAUAUCAACUUUCAGUGUCAGUUGAAUGUAAUCCUUCAAGAAUUGUAAAUACUGUAAAUAAACCGGAGGAGAUUUUUAUGCA